CUCACUGCAGACACACACACAUGUACACACACAGCGCUUAUUGCACAAACAUAUACACAAAAAUGCACAAGCUAACAGAAAGCGGGGCAUACACAUAGCCUUAAUAUAGAUAGACAUUUUCACUCAAACACAUACACACAGCAUAGCAAGCAUACACAGUUAUUCUUGGGAGCUUACGUUCACCUCAGCUGUGCUCACACUUGGCCUCACAAGCUCUGGCUGGAGACAAAGAUUCCAUACCUAUAUUAGGAAAAGAGGUGUGAGAAAGCAACACCGGACCCACCAUUCUGUAUCCUCCAAGUUAAGUGAACGCAGCCUUGCUUGACACAGCCAUGCCCGGUGAAGAUAAACCACCACAACAGGGCCGCCAGAGGAAAAAGAACAAAAAGUCCCGCUCUAAGGGGAAGAGCCCUGGUGGGAGUCCUGGUGCCAGCCUGGGAGGCACCUUAGACGGACAGGAUGACCUCAUCUUACCCCCUGUUCCCCAGCCUCCUCCGAAAAAGCAUGUGGAGGAGAGACCCAAAGUGCCUGUUGCCAAGUUAGAGGAGGAGUCGUCCCUAGCUAUCUGUCUUCAGGUGCUUUUCCCAUAUCUGCUGGCUGGGAUGGGCAUGGUGAUGGCCGGCAUGGUGCUGGACAGUGUGCAGCACUGGGAGGUGUUUAAGGUCAUCACAGAGAUUUUUAUCCUGGUCCCUGCUCUGGUUGGACUCAAAGGAAACCUUGAGAUGACGCUGGCUGCUCGCCUCUCUACUGCUGCCAACACGGGACAAAUGGACGACCCUGAUAAACAGUGGACCAUGGUGUGCAGCAAUCUAGCACUUAUACAGGUUCAGGCCACAGUGGUGGGUUUCCUCGCAGCAGUUGCAGCCAUUUGUUUAGGGGCAAUUUCUAGAGGAGGUGUAGAACUGGAUCAGGCAGCCGUCCUCUGUGCCAGCAGCAUCACCACUGCCUUUGUAGCUGCUCUGUCCUUAGGCCUGGUGAUGAUUGGAGUGAUCAUUGGCUCCAGGAAGGUGGGGAUCAACCCUGACAACGUGGCCACCCCCAUUGCUGCCAGUCUGGGGGAUUUGAUCACCCUGUCCCUGCUGGCAGGGGUUAGCACCACACUGUAUGAAUAUAUAGAUAUAUGGUACCUGUCCCCCCUGGUGUGCCUCGUCUUCAUAGCUCUGAUCCCACUCUGGGUGGUGGUGGCCCGACAAAGCCCUCAGAUCAGAGAGGUUCUCCGCUCAGGGUGGCAGCCUGUUAUAGUGGCCAUGUCCAUUAGCAGUUUUGGAGGCCUUAUACUGGACAAGACAGUGAGUGAUCCCAACUUUGAGGGGAUGGCUGUCUUUACACCUGUCAUUAAUGGAGUGGGUGGUAACUUGGUGGCCAUUCAGGCUAGCAGGAUUUCUACCUACCUGCACUUUUGGAGCAUCCCUGGGGUGCUGCCCUACAAGAUGAGGCAGCACUGGCCCAACCCCUGCAUCACCUUCCUCUCCUCAGGAGUGAACUCCAAGUCUGCACGAGUGCUGCUGAUCCUGGUUAUACCGGGUCACCUGGUCUUCCUCUACGCCAUCUCUCUGCUGCAGGGAGACGAGGCUCCCAUCAGUAUAGCCUUUACCAUCUGCUACCUAUGUGCUGCUCUGCUACAGGUGGCGAUCCUCCUUUAUGUUGCUGAUCUUAUUGUCCGUUUGAUGUGGAGACGGAGUCUGGACCCCGACAAUUUCUCCAUCCCCUACCUGACUGCCCUCGGAGACCUGCUGGGCACCGGCUUCCUGGCUCUCUGUUUCCGCUGCGUCUCAUUGGUUCACAGCUUGGGUCUAUAAACUUUUUCCCCACAAAGCCUCGAACCGUUAAUCAACCACUGUCUUAGUGCACCGAUUUGUUGCAUUUACAGAAAUGCUUUUGAUUGGACAAUAAAGCAUUUUCUGAUCUUUAUCACUGGGCCAGUUCAUACCAAGGAAUCCGUCUUUGUCACAAAUUUGAACCUGGCGGAGAGACACCCACACAUUUACACCCAUCCAUCAGGGUAAAGGUUUUUCCUCCUGAGCUCAUUCAUGUUCAACUUCACAACCAAACUAAUUUUUUUUUUGAGAGCAAAAGACUUUUACAUCUGUCCUUCAGAACAUCUCUUACAGCAUUUUGAACUUAGUUUAAAAUCAUUCCACAUUAUAUGUUCUCCUGCAGUAACUAAAUUUAACUUGUGUGGCCCUUCGUUUCAGCACAUCAGAGGAAUAUGUAGCAGUUUAUCGUAACAGCAAGACAACAUAGCAGCAUAUCGACUGUGGAGUCCAGUAGAAUUUUCAGUUUUUUUCAAAUGUCCUUUACUGUGAACAGUUGGGCUGUUUGUGGACGUUUAUUUGAAGUGGAUAGAACAAAAACACCCACGUUUGGAUGGGCUGUACUAUGCAUAUAUGCUGGACAUUACAGAGGCUGACAUAUCGUACUCUAACUGGAAUUUUCAUGGAUGUCGGUUCAAUAUAUGAGUGCGGAAUCAUCAUUACUUGUUUAGACUGAAUGAUACAGAUGCAGUUUUAAUGCACAUCAGAUUAAGUGCAGAGGAAUUUUUUGUCACCUCGUGUAAAACAUCUGAUCUCCAUUAUUUUUUCGUAGGAUGUAUUUUAUUGAACCAAUAGCCUCCAUUUUCAUGCUGCAUUCUUCAAAUUUUUUCUUUUUUUUGCAAUAGUAAGACAGACGGAAGAUGAGGAAGACUUUCAGCAGGUGUGGUUAGAGUUUAAGAAGGGUUCAUUGGAGAAUCAUCGACUUAUGCUUUAGCAAAAUGAAGUUAAGGCCAAACAGAACCACAAAGAGUGAGGAAGGGAAGUUCUUUAUAUAUUUAAAUGUGUUUGUGUUCACAAUCCCUAGUUUGUAUGUGACACCUUAUCGUACGCAUAGCUAGAAUGAAGAGUUUAUCGUGACUGGAAUAAAAUCAAAAUGAGCUGAAAGAAUUUUUUUUUUUAAGGAACUAUGUUAUGUUUUGGGAAAUUCAAUGUAUUUUGCCCAGAGUUACUCUACCGUUCAAAAGUUUGGGGUCACUUAAAAAUGUCCUUAUUUUUGAAAGAAAAGCAGUUUUUUUUCAGACAAGAUAGCAUUAAAUUAUUCAGAAAUACUGUCUAGACAUUGUUAAUGUGGUAAAUGACUAUUCUAGCUGGAAAUGGAUGAUUUUUAAUGGAAUAUCUCCAUAGGGGUACAGAGGAACAUUUCCAGCAACCAUCACUCCUGUAUUCUAAUGCUAUAUUGUCUUAGCUAAUAGUGUUGAAAGGCUACUUGAUGAUUAGAAAACCCUUGUGCAUUUAUCUUAGCACAUGAAAAAAAGUGAGUUUUCAUGGAAAACAUGAAAUUGCUUGGGUGACCCCAAACUUUUGAAUGGUAGUGUACAUGAGAAUAUCAAGGAUAUUUGUAUUUGUACACUGAAUUUGAAGCUACUAAUUAAUUAUUACAGCCAGUUAUAUGCCAGUUGCCAUGUGACUAGCAAAAUGUUUCUGAAGUGAAUGUGAAUACCCAUAUUUCCCAAAAUGUCAAUCAUUUCUUUUAAGAUUUGGACACGGUUUUAUGCAUAUACAACCAAAUUCAUGAAGCAACAACAACAGUUCUCUGCACACACAUCCUUGCUCCUCUUUCUCCACUGCAACUCACCAGAAUACCAACCAGGCACAGGUGGGAGACGAGCGAUUUGUUCCGAGCCCAGAAGAUCCAAUGUGCAAAUGAUGUAUUGCUUUUUAUUGCACACAGAUUAGGCAAAUGCAGUGUCAAACCUGGUGGAAAGACACCCACACAUUUACAACCAUCCAUCAGGGUGACGGAUGGGUGUAAAUGUUGACACUUGCUAACAUUACAAUAAUAAGUGUAAGCGAGGAGAUUGUUUUUCUACAUCACAUUACAAAAUAGCUAAUUUCCCAAACACUUGACCACCUGUGUUCCAAAACACUGUCAAACCAGAAAAUGUCUCCAGCUCUCUGUACUUGUAUAGCAAUCUCAAAAAAUUCUAAAUUUAUUUUGAAAUAUUUUAUUUAUUGUCAAUUUUGUACUGCCGCUUAAUGUAAACAACAACAAAAAAAAACAGACAGCAGUAAACUGAUGCAAGAAACUUGUAGAAGUGUUUGUUUUUUUCCAGCACUACAUGCUGCAGAGGGUCUUGGGUAUCCGCUCACUACACGAUCCUGGCAGUCCCUUUAAUGGCGUGUUGACAAAGCCUUACUGUUCAGUGUGAAGUUUUCAGAACCACAUAACCUCAUCAUUAAGCCGUGAGUGCAUAUACAUGCACACAUUAGGCUGAAAGGUGUGUUCAGACAGAAAGCCUUGCAUCAUUUGCACAAAUACAAGAUUUUUGUUCAGGUCAACCUCUGGCUGAAUUCAGAAGUCACCCUUAUCUUCUUGGUUAUGUUCCUUCCUUUCUCUCUUCUUUUUCCUCAUGUCUGUGCAUUUAUUAAGCAAAUUCUUAAAAGGCCAGGAUGCUCUGAAAUAAUUUUCUUGAGCUGAGACAUUUUCAACCCACGCGGAUGCAUUUACAUCACCCAAGGGGGAAUUUGCAUGCAGUCUAAAAUUGGCCUUGCAUCCUGUGUGAACACACAACAUUCUUAAUUCAUUUAAAUUCACAUUAAAGCAGCCUGACAACCAAACAUAUGUUAUCAGGCUCUAUAUUAUUGCCAUGAUACUACAGUUACAUUUCUUGUUAGGUCUUUGGUUUCUGCUUCAAAAUUUACACUAUAUGUCAAAAUAAGACUGAAACACAAACGUGUGUAAAUGGACUCAUUGAAUCACAUGGAACAUUUUUACUGCUUACUGUUACUAGUUGUGCUGAUUUUUCAAGAAAACCUCAAACACUGGGGAUUUUUCUGGGAACAGCCUGUCUUGGAAUUGACUGAAUAUUUCUGUGAGGUACUUCAGUAUGUGCUUCGCUAAAAGCUUAUAUUGUGACACUGUUACACACUUAGAAUGUAAAUGACCUAUAGACCUGUACUUGAAUCACAGUGUGUUUCACUCGAGCUUACUAUAUAAGAUCUGUGUGUUUACUGUGAUACUGUGACAAUUAGACCACAGCUAAGGUUGUGUUGCACCAGCACAUAAGUGUUCUGGGCUGAAUGAUAAAACUUUAAAGUCUGUGUUGCUCUCAGUUUGCACAUUUACAUAGAUAACAAUGAAUGUAAUAAGCUUUCUCAGAAAAUACAUUACAUUUAUUGACAUGAUUGUGUUUGCUCACUUCGGAUGUUUGUCCUAGUUCAGCAGUGAUCUAUGGACCUCUGGGUUAUCAGCUGGUUAUAUGUUAGAGGUCAUCGGUUUCUGUUAAAAUACAGUUAACAUGUGACCAAGAGAGUUUCUUUGAAAUUUACCCUACUGUUAAAAAGUUUGGGGUCACUUAGAAAUGUCCUUAUUUUUGAAAUAAAAGCAAUUUUUGUCAGUGAAGAUAAUAUUAAAUGAAUCAGUACAGUCUAGACAUUGUUAAUGUGGAAAAUGACUAUUCUAGCUGGAAACAGCUGAUUUUUAAUGGAAUAUCUACACAGGGAUACAGAGGAACAUUUCCAGCAACCAUCACUCCUGUAUUGUAAUGUUACAUUAUGUUAGUUAAUCGGCUACUUGAUGAUUAGAAAACCCUUGUGCAAUUGUUAGCACAUGAAUAAAAAUGUGAGUUUUCACACAUGAAAUUUCCUGGGUGAACCCCAACUUCUAAAUGGUAAUGUAUGUGUCUGCAUAUAAGCUGCUAACAAAUACAUAGUGAUGGUCGUUGAAAUGGAUAAGCCAAGGUUUUUUGAAAUAUGUUUAUACAUUUGAUUUCCAAUUAAAACCCAGUGACUUUUCUAAAAAUGCAGGUAACUAAACAGGCAGUCCUGGAAUAUGGCCUUUCACAGCAGAAUGUCAUGUGGUUCAGGUUCUUGAGUGGGUUGUCCACUAAUCACAGGGCCGGCUGUUGGCUGAACCCCAAGUUGCUCCCGAUGGCUGGCUACCAUUUCAUAUUUGCUCUGCUGCCAUUGGUGUGCCAACGGGUGAGCCAAUGAAUGAGAAACAUGAUAAAGAUUGCGUUAAGUUUUGCUAAAUUUUGGUUUGCGACAACAAAUUUGGGCAGCAAAUCCAGUAAUUCUGAUUGGCCCCCUCUUUGGCGCCUUCCUUUAGUGGCGUCCUUUCUGGUGUCUGUUGGUGCUCAGAUUUAAAUGAAACAGAUGUAAUGGAAUGAUCUGUAGAACUAAGAGGUUCUCAUAGGCAGAAUUUUUCAAACUUUGACAAAAGGAAGACUGACUUUUCACCUAAUCUAAAUCAUCUUAACUUUUGGCAAGAAAGCAAACCAUAGACUGCUUAUAAACGAUGGAGUUAGCCUCUGGGUCUGAAGAGUGAAGCCAAUGAGGAAGUGCCUUACAGCUGCAUUCUCUAUAACAGCCAGCAGGGGGCGACUCCUCUGGAAAUAAUAACAGGUUUGCUUGUAUCAAAGUCUAUAAGAAAAAAAAAGUUCUCUCUUGAUUUGUUACCUCAGUAAACACCUAAUGUGUUUAUGGUCUCAAUCGUUAGUUUCAAGACUUUUUAAAUACAGCAUAGAAUUAAUUUUGGAAACUAUGGUCCCAUUUAGAGUAAAAUAGAUGAUAAAUGGUAUGUUUUAGGACGGGGCUGCCUCGUGAUUGACAGAUUACUGCUAUAUUACCAUGCAGUGUUGUGUUUAGUGUCACUGAGUUCUCAGACAGUCCCUUCUUGCUCAUUAUAAGAUUUAAAAGACCAAGAUGGCAACAGUCCAGGUUCAAAGUGAAGGCUUCACAGCGGCAAUUCACAAAUCUGUGGAUGACAUCACAGUCGCUACAUCCAUCUUUUAUAUCCAGUCUAUGAAGCAAGGAAUUAGUUUUUUCCCCAAAAUGUUGAAUUUCUCCUUCUGUGGUUUAUCAUCCAGCCCUAUAGAUCAGUAAAAAAAAAAGAAGAAAAAAAGAGUAUGAUACCGAAAUAUCUAACUGCAAACUUGCACUUGUGUUUUAUUAAUAGUCUAAAGUUGCCUUGAAAACAAAAUUAAUGUCAGCUGUGUGGUACUUAAGAUCUCAUCUGCAACCGUGUCGACGUAAAGAAAAGAUGCAUUAUUUGAAUGUUUCAACUGUCCUUUCUAUUUUUCUUUCAGUGGGUCAAACUUUGUACUGUACUUCAGUGUUGACACUGCCACAUUAAGAAUCUAGGGACUUUUUAAAAUGCCUUUAUUUUCUAAUCUCCCUGUGUUCACUGUCGCCUGAGCUUCCACACCCACAGCGCGUUGUCUUAUGUGUACGCAAAGGUGAAGUGUGAAAUCAAAAAUGUUUGGUGAGUGUCUAUGUGAUUUUGUGGCUAUGAACAAUUCUAUUUUAAUAAAAACUAACAGUGGA